AAUCUCUCUUUUUCCUUCUCACAAGCCAUUCACAUCAUGUGUUCACACCACUCACAUAUAAAUUCUUUCUUUUACUUUUCUCUUUCAUAUCCAUCAAAACAACAACAAACCCAUCUUCAUUUUUCAUUGUAAUCAGAGACAAAUCACCUUUCUUUUUCUUUCUUUCUUUCUAUAACUUCAAAACUUUAUCAACAACAACACUUUCUUUUUCUCAUUCAAUUUCAAUGGAAGGACAUCAAUUCCAUCCCAAAAACCAAAGACAACAACAACAACAAAAUCCUCAUCUUCUUCAGAAUAUCAAUAACACUGCUAACGUUUUUGAUGUUUCUGAUAGGUUUCCUCAAUGGAGCAUCCAAGAAACCAAAGAGUUUCUUAUGAUAAGAGCACAGCUAGAUCAAACUUUCAUGGAGACUAAAAGGAAUAAACAGUUGUGGGAAGUUAUUUCUAACCAUAUGAAGGAUAAGGGUUACCAUAGAAGUGCAGAACAGUGCAAGUGCAAGUGGAAAAACCUUGUUACUCGCUAUAAGGGAUGUGAAACAAUGGAGACAGAAAUGUUGAAACAGCAAUUUCCAUUUUACAAUGAACUUCAAGCAAUUUUCACAGCAAGAAUGCAGAGAAUGCUAUGGGCUGAAGCCGGAGACGGAUCGAAGAAGAUCAAGCCGACGCAAGUUUCAACCGACGAGGAAGAAGACGAUGGCAAUGAAGAAAGUGAAGAAAUAUCUCAAAAGGGUAGUACUAGAAGCAGAAAGAAGAAGAAAGCCAAGAUAGUUAGCGAAAGCGGUAACGAUAGCCGCAUCAGUUUCUACCAGAAUUUGAAGGAGAUUUUGGAUGAGUUCAUGAGGCAACAACUUCAAGUUGAAGCACAAUGGAUGGAAGCAUUUGAAGCUAGAGAGAAUGAGAGGAGGUUGAGGGAGAUGGAAUGGAGACAACAAAUGGAAAUGUUGGAGAAUGAGAGAUUGUUGAUGGAACAAAGAUGGAGAGAAAGGGAAGAACAAAGGAGGAUUAGAGAAGAAGCUAGGGCUGAAAAGAGGGAUGCAUUAAUCAUAGCUUUGUUAAAUAAAUUAGAAAGAGAAUAGAGAGUUAGAGUUAAGAUUUUGAUUAUCAAGAUUUCAGUUUUGUAUGUUUAGAACAUAGCUAAUAUUUUAUUGAUUGCAAAAGCUUAAAGGUA